CAACCUGGGCCAGGUCGCAGUUGAGCCCAUGGCUUGGCCCAGCGAACAAGAGCAGGGCAGCGCCGGAGAGGAGAGGAGAGGAGAGGAGUUGGUUCCGUUCCGGCCACGGCGAGCCCCACCAUGACCCAUGUCGACCUUCCCUCCUCCGCCGCCCGCCGCCGCUAGGCCCCCCCUCGCCAGGGUGCGCCUCGACGACGUCGCACCGUUCCACGGCGCCACCACCCCUGCCUACGCGCGCGCCGUCGACGCCCUCGCCGCCUCCCUCACGCGCCACAGCGCCGCAGUCCUCGAGCUCCCCGCCGCGGACGCCGCAAUCGUCCGCUGCGCCCUCGAGUCCGCGCGCGCCUUCUUCCGUGCCCGCGCCGGCAUCCAUGUCUACCGCGCCGGGAGGGCUCUGGAUGAUGGAGAGUUGUCACCUGCUUGCAUGCCUGAUGCAUUCAGAUGUUUGGGCGAGGCAGCCCAUGCUGCUCUCUGUGCAAUAGCACGAAACCUUCGCUUACGUUCGGAUGCUUUCAGCCAUUGGCUUGAUGAUACUCCAUUGCCUGUUAAUGAGGCUUCAGCCUCAGAACUGCUGGUGGCUUUUUCUCAUGGGCACCUCCAAAGUGGGCAGGCACCUAUAGUAGGCCUCAGAUCCUCAAUGGCUGAAGUUGAUAGGGGUUUUGUUACACUAGUUGCUUCUGACCAUCCUGGAAUUGAGGUUUGCAACCCAAAUGGUCAUUGGUACCUAGCAGAUGCUGGUUCAAGCCCUAGUGACCUAUUGCUUCUGACUGGAAGAGCCUUGAGUCAUGUUACUGCUGGUCUUCAGCCAAACUCUCAGUACAGGAUCACUAAUAAUGAGAAUAGGGCAUCACUCAUGUAUAGGCUGAUGCCUCGUGCAAAUGCUAUAUUGGACUGCUCUCCAAUUUCAGCUGCGGGGCAUUGCAUACCGCAAAUCUACCAGCCCAUAUCUGCAAGCCAAUUUAUGGAUGAUUCGUGUCCUGAAGAGCGUGCUGUUUCCAAUCACUUGGAAGCACCUUCUGAAUCUCAGGGCAACCUUUUUAGUGAACCGUCGCUCAGAAGUGUACUGUCAGACCCUUUGUCUGGGGCUUUUCUCGAAGAUGCUAUGGUUCUCUCAUGUGGGCACUCUUUUGGUGGCCUCAUGCUGAAGAAAGUUCUUGAAAUGGCGAGGUGCAGCAUUUGCAAUGGAGAAGUUGACCCGGCCUCCUUAUUUCCUAAUCUUGCUCUAAGAGCAGUAGCUACAGUGGUGAAGAUGGAAGAUGAUAGGAGGCUCUUUCAUAAUGCUGCUCUUCGAAAGCGCAGGAAAGAAGUGACUGAGCUAAAGGGUACCGGAAGUAGCAGGGAUAACGGCGGUGAGCUGGGGUUAGAUGCUGAAAACACAACAGCAGUCAAGGGGGUGCAGUAUCCGUUUGUGGUGGGUGAGAGGGUCCUGAUCAUGGGGAACAAAAGGACGCCUGAGAAAUUUGUUGGGAAGGAGGCAGUGAUCACAUCACAGUGCCUGAAUGGCUGGUAUCUUGUGAAGGCGCUUGAUAGCGGAGAAAGUAUACGGCUGCAGUAUAGGUCACUGAAGAAAGUGCCGGAGCUGCAGACGCAGGCAGGAGCAGAGAUGAGGCUUCAGCCACUGACAUUUCUGCAGAAUAAAUAACAGUAAUAGUAAUAAUGUACAAUAUACUCCCUCCAGAGAAAAGGCUGGAGGUAUGAAAUGAAGCAUGCAAUGGCACGAAGUGUAGGGGUGAAGUUUCUUUUCCCAGUUUGUUUGCUGUUGCCGCCCAAUUGUCCAAAUGUAAGGAGAAAUGUAAAAGGAAGGAAUGGUGCAGUAACGUGCUAGUAUCAGUUUUAGUUGUA